CUCUCUCAAAAUAUAGAUUCGAUCAUAAGGAGAUAGAGGACGCUGCCAACAGAGAAUCCUAAAUCAACACGAAGGCUCUUCACCGUAAGCUUCCUUCUUCUCUCUGCUUUCGUUUCGCGGCGGUUAUUAGGGUUUAGUCUCGUCUUCUUUGAUAUUAGAUCAGAUUCGUGGAGGUUAAUAACAUUGUUUGAUUUUUGAAUUUGGUGGAUGGCGAACUUGGGAGAUGGAGUUGCUAAGGGAAGGCGUGAUGAUGAUACGGUUACUGAUCGGGAGGAUAGCAAGAGGCGUCGUCUUCUCAUAGAUUCUGAUUAUUAUCAGCCGAAGAGUAAGGAGACUAGGGCUGCGUACGAGGCUAUGCUUAGUCUUAUCCAGCAUCACCUCGGUGGUUUGCCUUUGAGUAUUGUUAUUGAUGCCGCGGAUGAGAUCUUGGCUCUUCUCAAUUACAACGAUAUCCCUGAAACUGAAAAGAAGAAGUUGGAGUUUCAGAAGAUUCUUAACCUUAUUAUACCUGAGGAUGAGGAUGAGCAGAUGAAUCUUGUUUUUGAUCAGCUUGUUUCCAUUGGUGAACUGAUCACCGACUUUGGUGAGGAGGCUCUUGAGUUUGAGGAGAGCGACGACGACGAGGAAGAGAGUGUUCCCGAUGAAGAAGAACCUCAGAAAACUGGAGCAUACUGGCUCCUGGGAGAAACAGCGGAGGAGAACCUGCUGAAAGCUAUUAAUGAUCUGAAUUACUACAGAACUGUUGUUGCUGAUAGAGAUUUAGAGAGUGGUAGGUUGAAGGGUCAGGGUCAGCGUCAGAUGCUGGACCUGGAGAGCUUGGCUUUUGACCAAGGUGGUCACCUGAUGGCGAAUAACAAGUUUGUACUUCCACAUGGCUCCUACAGAAGUCGCCGCGAGGGAUAUGAUGAGUUUCAUGUGCCGCGGGUUUUUAAAGAGGUGGAUGUCAGCGAGAAGCUUGUGAAGAUCACCGAGAUGCCAGCUUGGGCUCAACCGGCUUUCAAGGGAAUGCAACAGUUGAACAGAGUUCAGAGCAAAGUGUACGAGACUGCGCUGUUUAAGGAUGAUAACAUUCUUGUUUGCGCUCCAACCGGUGCUGGGAGCACCGAUGUUGCCGUGCUCACCAUUCUUCAGCAAAUUGGAUUCAAUAAGAAGGAUGAUGGAACAUUUAACCAUGGAAAUUACAAAAUCGUCUAUGUUACACCCAUGAAGGCUCUUGUUACUAAGAUCGUCAGUAACCUGUCUAAGCGUCUGAAGGAUUAUGGAGUUACUGUGAGGGAACUCAGUGGGGAUCAGUCUCUUAAUGGGAAAGAAAUUGAGGAGAGCCAGAUAAUUGUUACAACACCAGAGAAGUGGGAUAUCAUCACCAGGAAGUCUGUUGAUCUCCAGCUUGUGAGACUUGUUAUAAUCGAUGAAAUCCAUCUUCUUCAUGGUGAUCGAGGGCCUGUGCUUGAAAGCAUUGUUGCUAGGACUCUCAGACAGAUUGAAACCAUGAAGGAGAAUAUUCGUUUGGUGGGUUUGUCAGCUACACUGCCAAAUUAUGAAGAUGUGGCCUUAUUUUUGCGGGUUGAUCUUAAGAAAGGAUUGUUUAAAUUUGACCGCAGCUACAGACCGGUGCCUCUUGAUCAGCAGUAUGUCGGAAUCAGUGUGAGAAAACCGUUGCAGAUGUUCAAGAUGAUGAAUGAUCUUUGUUAUCAGAAAGCACUGGCUUGUGCUGGAAAGCACCAGGUUCUUAUUUUUGUUCAGUCGAGGAUGGAAACAGCAAAAACUGCAAAAGCAAUGGUGGAGAAAGCAAUGGCGAAUGAUACCCUCAACAGAUUCUUGAAAGAAGAUAGUGCAAGUCGUGAAGUUCUUCAGAGUCAGACUGAACUUAUUAAGAAUGGUGAUCUGAAAAAACUUCUGCCUUACGGUUUUGCUUUUCAUCAUUCUGGGCUAACAAGGGGUGACCGUGAGAUAGUUGAGGCGCUUUUCGGUGAAGGGCAUGUGCAAGUCUUGGUUUCCACAGCAACUCUCUCAUGGAGUGUGAAUUUGCAUGCUCAUACUGUCAUAAUCAAAGGAACUAAGGUUUAUAAUCCUGAGAAAGGUGCGUGGAUGGAACUCAGUGCCAUGGAUGUUAUGCAGAUGCUUGGUCGUGCUGGAAGACCUCAGUAUGAUCAAUAUGGGGAGGGUAUAAUUAUCACUGGCUACAGCGAGCUGCAGUGUUAUCUUUCUUUAACGAAUGAGCAACUACCUAUUGAAAGCCAGCUUAUUUCCAAGCUUUCUGAUCAGCUUAAUGCUGAAAUUGUUCUUGGAACUGUUCAGAAUGCUAGAGACGCUUGCCAUUGGCUUGGCUAUACGUAUCUAUAUUACCGUAUGGUUCGUGAUCCAACGCUUUAUGGUUUAGCGCCCGAUGACCUUGUAAAAGACGUAUUGUUGGAGGAAAGAAGAGCUGACCUGAUACACUCAGCUGCUACUAUCUUGGACAAAAACAACUUGGUUAAGUAUGACAGGGAAAGUGGAUGUUUCCAAGUUACUGAUUUGGGACGGAUUGCUAGCAACUACUGUGUAAAUCAUGGGACCAUAGCUACGUACAAUGAGCACUUGAAGCCAACGAUGAGUGAUGCAGAUCUUUAUAGUCUGCUCUCACUAAGUGAGGAGUUCAAGCACGUGACUGUUGGGCAAGAUGAGAAGACGGAACUGGCGAAACUUUUGGAUCGUGUCUCGGUUCCGAUCAAGGAAACUCUGGAGGAGCCCAGUGCAAAGAUUAAUGUUUUGCUACAGGCAUACAUUUCACAGCUAAAGCUUGAGAGUCUUUCUUUGACAUCAGACAUGGUUUAUAUAGGUCAGAGAGCUGGACGUCUUGUACAAGCUGUCUAUGAAAUUGCAUUGAAGCGCGGAUGGGAUCAACUGGCUGAGAAAGCUCUGGAAAUGGUUGGGAAGAUUACAAAAAGAUAAAAGAAGUUUACAAGCUCUCUAGUUCUGUUAACUAGCAUCUCAAGCGACUUGAUUUAAGGUUACUCUGCUAUUUUUUCUGUUAUUUUAAUUGACUGUUUUCAUUUUUUUUGUCCAAAAUUUUCAGUUUCUUUUUGUUUUAAUACACAUCAAUAAUGUUUGUUGGCAGUAAUCUUGUGUCCAUAUUUUCGCCCCAUGUGCUGACCGGCUGUAUUUACAAUAGCAGGUGUUUAAAUUACACCGGCAUUGCUUGACUCUCUUGAUUUGCUAUGCAGCCUAUUGGUGUUGUUGGCGCAAUAACCCCAAUGAACUUCCCUUAGCCAUGAUAACUCGGAAGUUCUUGCUUUGUUGUACCUUUUCAGUUUACCUUCUCUUUUAUAUAACCUGUCUAGUAUACUAUCCCAGUAGAUUAUGUUUUUUCGUUAGGUUUGAGGUGGAUGGUUGACGGUAAUGCAGGUUGGCCCUGCUCUUACUUCUGGAUACAUAGUCGUUGUUAAAGCAUCUGAACUUAACGCCCUUAAACUUGCACUUCAAGCUGGCGUUCCUCCGGGUGCACACUGAAUGUGGUCAUGGGAAAUGCUCCUGAAAUCGGCGAUGCUUUGCUUACGAGUUCACAGGUUCCGCUAGUCAUCUUUGUGUGAGGAAAAUCACGUUCACAGGAUUAACAGCAGUUGGGAAGAAGGUUGAUGGCAGCUGCUGCACCUACUGUCAAAUGUCAAUAAUAAGGUACGCUUAAGCCACAAAUGGGUUUUGAAAAACCGUGCUAAGCCACAAAUAUCAAUAAGGUACGCUUAAACCACAAAGUUUAUGUUGUUUGAUUUUAUGUUUAAGACUUUAUUGGCUUCAUUCUCUGUUUUUGAGACUUUGUUAGCAAAUAGUUUUCAAAUAAGAUUGCAGUGUUUUAGCUUUUUGCGUCUUUAAAGAAUUAAGUUAAAGCAUCAAGUGUUCUUCGCAUUUGUUUCUUAGGGAGGAGAUUUUCGGACCAGUAGCUCCCCCUUAUUCGGUUCAAAACCGAGGAGGAUGCUAUCGGAAUCGCUAAUGACACUAUUGCAGGACUUGCUACUUAUAUAUUCACAAACUGUGUGCAACGGUCGUGGCAUGUGUCUGAAGCACUUGAAUACAGACUUGUAGGUGUGAAAGGACUCGUAUCAACAGAGGAAAGACCAGAAAUGGAAGACAUGUUCUAAAUUGUAGCGAUACAUCAUACAUCUCAUCUGCUUACAUAUUUUUAAUCGCAGGUGGCUCCAUUCGGGGGAUUGAAGCAGUCUGGUCUUGGAAGGGAAGGAUCAUGGUCUGGACGAAUACCUUGAGGUAACUCAUAACACUCAUCUAUUUAAUCAACUUGUUUAGAGAUUAAAUUGAUUAUAAUAUUAGAAUAUGAACACGUUAUGAAUAAGUAAGUAUCCAUGAGAAUAUGUAUUGUAAAUUCAUUAUAGAAGUUUUCUGUAAAUUCUAUUGAUGCUAAUCAAUUACAGUGAUUUGGUUUGUUAAACGGUUUGGAAGCUGUAAGUUCCUCUUCCACUUAUAUAUCCUUCGAAUAAAAGCUGUCAGCGUAUGGCUUAUUUUGUUACUUGUAAGAUUUGGAGGUGACCUUUAAUAAAUAUAAAUAUUUGAUCAAUGUUUUAGCAUAUGGUGUUUGAAUAAUAUUUUGGCGUUUUGAUCUUUGUUUUCAAGUGAAUUUUUGUAUAAUAUUCGGACAAUUUCUCUGCUC